GGUGAGUGGCGGUGAUGGUACAGUGGGGUUUCUAUGUUUGGUCGGAAAACGUGAAAAAAAAAACAUCUUUUACUUCGAGGGUGCCUUUCAUUAAAUUCAAAACUUCAUGGACCCUUUUUCUUGUGUAAUAAAGUGGCUUUAAGAAGAAAGAUACUUAAAUUAAAUAAAAGAAUUCAACCGACAGUCUUUGCUCUAGCUAAUGAAAAUCUACCUUUCUUUCUGAUGAGUGCGCGUUCUUCUUCAACGUUGUCGCCUUUGGUUUGGUUGUGAUUUGUGAGUUGGCUAGGAAUAUGAUACUGUACUUCCAAAUCUAGUGUUGAAAGCUUCUCCUUGCGUGAUUACUUUUUUAAUGCUUCCUAUUGUGCCAAAUGGGUUUUUUGCCCUUUGUUGAAUGAAACCAAUUACAUGAUACUAAAGACUCUAAUGGAAGAAAAGCAGUUAGAUUUUAAUCAGCCUCUUUUAUCAGUAAGACGAUUCUCAUCAACAGUGGCCUCAGAAAAUGACAAUAAGAGUAAACCUAAGAAGUCAUUACCCAAACGACCUCCUCUUCCAUUUUACAAAUCAGAGUUAAAAUCAGGUCCAGUGAGUAACCCUGGAACUGUCCCUUUUGUGUGGGAGAAGUCUCCUGGAAGGCCUAAGAAUGAAAGCAAACUACAAACACAGGCCGUUGAACAAUGCUCGAUUGCUCCAAAGCUUCCACCUGGGAGGGUUUUAAAAGUUGAACAGCAAGAUUCUGAUAAAGUUACAUCAGUUACUCAAUCCAGAACAGGAAACAGUCUUUCAGAUUCUCAACGUGCAUUGUCUUUAGAAAAUAAAUCGACAAAACAUGAAAGCCCCAAAGAAGUAAUUGAGGAAAAGGCAAGUUCGGGUUCAGAUGAUGGGGAUGAGACCUAUCUAGAUGCUCAAGAUACACUUUCUAGAACUGAGUCAUUCUUCAUGAGCUGUAGUGUGAGUGGUUUGAGUGAAUGGGAUGAACAAGAGGUUCAACCAUCUGGGAGUUUUUCAACAGAUCAACAAGCGCGUGAUUUCAUGAUUGGUAGGUUCUUGCCUGCAGCAAAAGCAAUGGCUUCUGAAACACCUCAAAUUCAACACAACACUAGGAAGCCGCUUGUUACACAAGAACAACCAAGACAGGUAAGGAAACUAGUAAGUGGAGCGAAACCCCGUCCAGUUGAUCAGAAAUGGCAAAAGGUUUUGCCACAUUAUGCUCAAGAUGUUGAUAGGGAAGAAAGUGAAGAUGAAAGUGAUGAUAAUGAUGGAUAUGAAAACUAUGCACCCAAAGUUUGUGGGUUAUUUCCUCGGUUCUGCCUUUUGAAUCCUGUUCCAGGAUUAAGAAUGGAGGAUAGGAUUCUUAGUUCUACAGUUCAUGGAGUGCAGAGUAAAUCUGUGGCUUCUCACAGAAGAAGCGAAAAAGAGUAUGGUAGAAGUAGAACUGCAAAUCAUGGGAAAAAGUCUGUAAAUUCCCAAUCUGCCUCUACAGAUGAGAAAAAUUUUCUGGGUACUGCAGAAAAAUCUAAGCAUGGUAUUGAUCCACAUCGCAGAGGUUUCAGAAAACCAUUAGCCUCUGAAAGUACUCAAUUUGAAUCAAUCUGUGAAAGCCCUGUUGUCGAGAAAACUCUAUAUGUAGAUUCUGUACAUAAGGUCAAAUCUUCAUGUUCUUCGGACACUGGUAUUGAUAAAAAUCUUUCUAUAGAUUCUUCAAUUGAGGAUCGCAAACACUGUGGCAUCGUGGAUGAGAAGGCAGUAGUACAACCUAAAAAUUCAGCAUCUCUUGAUUCACUUCUGGUUUGUUCUGAUCAUUCAAAUGAUGAUAUGCUAAUGGAAAUGAAAAAUCAUUCCAACAAAAUAUGUCAUGAAAAGCAAGACUUGACAAAGUCUGAUUUCCAAGGAAGCAACUUAGAUCAUGAGUUGGUUGCAAUGUCAAGUCCAGAAAUGGUUGAAUGCAAGAAAAUUGAAUCAGAAAGCAAAGCUUUUAUUAAGGAAGGUUCUAAUUGCUUAAUUCCGAAUUCUGUUUCGUGGAGAGACAUGAAACUGGCUAGUCAUUUGAAAUUUGAUUCAAAGGGCCAAUUAGCCACCAAAAUGGUUGAUCAAGAAGGCACUCUUGGAUAUAGUAAGGAUCCUAGAACCUUGGCUAGCUCAAAGGGGGUAGGUGACAGAAAGAUCGCACAAGAAAGUCAAUCGCGUAUGAAGUUGGGCCAUGGAGAGACAUCAAAUGCAAGCGCUUUGAAGCUUCCUCUUGCCCUUCCUUCACCAAAAGCUCCUUCAGAGUCUUGGCUUAAGCGCACUUUACCAGCGGUUUCCUCAAGGAAUAUAGCAUUGAGGUCUAAUCUUCCUGCCAACUUUCAUGCACCAACUCAAACUCCCAAUUGGGAAACUGUUGUUAGAUCUUCUAAAGUUAAUCAUGGGCAUCAUCGUCAGUUUGCUGAGGAACUACUUCCACCCAUUCCAGAAGCAUGAAUGAGCAACAUUUUUUUAAUGUAAUUAUUUGUUCUCAGGAUUCUAAUUCUACAGUUUGGUCUCCCUUUUGCUUUUAAUAUAUACAUGAGAUGGUAUACUACUCAAAAGUGUAAAUCACAGUUGCCCAUUUUGUCUUGUAAAUCAGUAAAUGAAAUAAGUUGUUUCAAUAUAAAUUUAUCAUUGUAAAUGACAUCAUCUUUAAGCGGAUCUGUUCCUGUUAUAUGUAAGGGCGGGGCGAAUGACCUUUUGCCCCAAAAAUUGUUUCUUCGGAAUAUACUGCAAAGAAUAAUUUCGUAA